AUGGAAUGUCUCUGUGAGUCCAAAGCAGCGUUUGAGAGCGGGAAGAGAAGCAUAUUAUUAUUAUUAUUAUUAUUAUUAUUAUUAUUAUUAUUAUUAUUAUUAUUAUUAUUAUUAUUAUUAUUAUUAUUAUUAUUAUUAUUAUUAUUAUUAUUAUUAUUAUUAUUAUUAUUAUUAUUAUUAUUAUUAUUAUUAUUAUUAUUAUUAUUAUUAUUAUUAUUAUUAUUAUUAUUAUUAUUAUUAUUAUUAUUAUUAUUAUUAUUAUUAUUAUUAUUAUUAUUAUUAUUAUUAUUAUUAUUAUUAUUAUUAUUAUUAUUAUUAUUAUUAUUAUUAUUAUUAUUAUUAUUAUUAUUAUUAUUAUUAUUAUUAUUAUUAUUAUUAUUAUUAUUAUUAUUAUUAUUAUUAUUAUUAUUAUUAUUAUUAUUAUUAUUAUUAUUAUUAUUAUUAUUAUUAUUAUUAUUAUUAUUAUUAUUAUUAUUAUUAUUAUUAUUAUUAUUAUUAUUAUUAUUAUUAUUAUUAUUAUUAUUAUUAUUAUUAUUAUUAUUAUUAUUAUUAUUAUUAUUAUUAUUAUUAUUAUUAUUAUUAUUAUUAUUAUUAUUAUUAUUAUUAUUAUUAUUAUUAUUAUUAUUAUUAUUAUUAUUAUUAUUAUUAUUAUUAUUAUUAUUAUUAUUAUUAUUAUUAUUAUUAUUAUUAUUAUUAUUAUUAUUAUUAUUAUUAUUAUUAUUAUUAUUAUUAUUAUUAUUAUUAUUAUUAUUAUUAUUAUUAUUAUUAUUAUUAUUAUUAUUAUUAUUAUUAUUAUUAUUAUUAUUAUUAUUAUUAUUAUUAUUAUUAUUAUUAUUAUUAUUAUUAUUAUUAUUAUUAUUAUUAUUAUUAUUAUUAUUAUUAUUAUUAUUAUUAUUAUUAUUAUUAUUAUUAUUAUUAUUAUUAUUAUUAUUAUUAUUAUUAUUAUUAUUAUUAUUAUUAUUAUUAUUAUUAUUAUUAUUAUUAUUAUUAUUAUUAUUAUUAUUAUUAUUAUUAUUAUUAUUAUUAUUAUUAUUAUUAUUAUUAUUAUUAUUAUUAUUAUUAUUAUUAUUAUUAUUAUUAUUAUUAUUAUUAUUAUUAUUAUUAUUAUUAUUAUUAUUAUUAUUAUUAUUAUUAUUAUUAUUAUUAUUAUUAUUAUUAUUAUUAUUAUUAUUAUUAUUAUUAUUAUUAUUAUUAUUAUUAUUAUUAUUAUUAUUAUUAUUAUUAUUAUUAUUAUUAUUAUUAUUAUUAUUAUUAUUAUUAUUAUUAUUAUUAUUAUUAUUAUUAUUAUUAUUAUUAUUAUUAUUAUUAUUAGCAAAUUUCAUAUGUCUUGUUUUCGGUUCUAAGUAA